GUUGCGCUGGUGAUCUUUACAUGUAUUUUACACAGGCAACAAGAAUAUAAACUAUCAAAGUAGAAGGGAUACUGUCAAUUAAAGGAAAGUAAACCGCGAAGUGGUGUCGCGCAACUAAACAGGCGUGUAGUAUAGUGCAGCCAAAGCAGGCGUACAGAAACUUGUGCGUGUCGGCCACAGUCACUGCCACAUAAUUGUUCCGACACUGUCCGUGAGUUUUCAGUAAACCUCAGAAGAAAUACGCGAAUCACACUUGUAGGGUGUAGUCAUUUCCAAGCAGUAGUCUGGUGUCGUGUGACCUCAAACCUAGACCUAACCCCCAACAACAAACCAAGCCCUAAACCCAACUCUAAGUACAAGCCCUAGCCACAGCCACAGCAAUAACCACAGCCAUCGCCACAGCAUAGCCAUUGUUAGGCACGUUUCUUUGGACAUUAUAAAUGAGGGCACAACAGCUAAAGUUACGUCAGAUUUAACUGAUAAGCUAUAAGGUGCCAGUCAUUGAGCAAAUAUAACCAGUUCUUGAGCAAGUAUCAUAAUGUUUGUAUAUAACCGGAAAAAUGAUAUGGCAAUCAUGAGAAUCAUGAGUCAUACUACAGUAUAUAUUACGUUACACGGCAUGCAGAGCCACUCCUGGACAGUGGAGAGGACACCAUGGUCAUGUCAGACAUCUGCGUGCUAUUGUCAGCAAUGUCGCAAGAGAACGUCACAGACAAGAAAAGUUACUGGGUCGUCCUUGGACUAUUUUACUUCAUGAUAUGUACACGUGCAGCCAGUGUGGAUGACUGCCCAGAAAACAAGUACUACAUGGAACCGUGGUGCAUAUCCUGUACGGUCUGCCAGGACCAGAACAGGGAAGUUCUGCAGCCUUGCCUCCCGCAGUCCGAUGCUGUCUGUGGAGACUGUUUUCCAGGGUACUACCUUGACCAACGGUACUGCCAUUCGUGUGUGUACGCGCCAGCAGACCACAGGUACUGUCAGCUGUGGCUCGCCUCCCAAACUACUGCGAGACCUGCUGCAAGUACUACCAUGUCAACCAGUACACAGACACAGACACAGCAUACUAUCAUACAAACAACGCCGCCACCUUCAACCAAACAAGAAUCAACAAAGCCAACAAAUAACAUCAUUUCCAUGUCAACCAGCUCCAAUCCAUCAAAAGUACAGCUAGGUCCCACUCUCGGUCCGGGUCCGGUCGCAGCGAUUGUUGCAUCAGUGGUUGUGCUGACGCUCAUCGGUACCUUGGUGUGGCGAUUUAAACAAAGGGUCAAAUACAACAAGGAGGAAGCAACUCCUGUUCAAGCAACAGAUGAAGACCAGCAAGUCCAUAGCUACCCCUAACCAAUUAUCGACUGUAUUUCCAGGUUCCUAUGCUUCACAUAAUUAUGCAUUUGAUUCAUCUAGUUGUAGAAGUGACACUAUUGUGGUAGCAUUGAGUAUUGUUGUUGAAGUGACACUAUACAUAGUUGUAGAAGUGACAGUAUAUAUAGUAAGGUAAGAUUGAAUACACUUGUAGAGGUGACACUAUUGUAAUAGCAUUGAGUAUAGUUGUAGAAGUGACAGUAUGUAUAGUGUGGUAGCUUCAAGUAUAUGUAUAGAAGUGACACCAGUGUUGUAUCUCAAUUGAGUAUAGUUGUAGAAGUGACACUAGUGAGGUAGCAUUGAGUAGAAGUGGCAAUAGUUUGCUUCUAUGUAACUUUCGAAUUCAUAAAAUGAUGUAAUUCAAAGAAAUAAAUACACGCAGGCGAUUUCUGAGCGUCUUUAUUGGUACGAUCUGCGAAGGCUCGGUGAUUCUCUUUACAUUGCCUCUGGAGUAUAUGCACAGUGGAACAGAGUACAUGUACAUGAGAAUAAAUUAUAUAUUCUCUCUCUUCAGGAAAGAUAGAGGAUUUUUCUUUAUUUCUUUCAACAAAUUCUUGGUCUAUGUACAAGGGGAUUAGUAAUAGGGGUGAUCCGGCGAUUCUCUAAGCAAAAUACUAUCGCAGAUUUCUGUAUUCUCGCCCGACUCUCUAUACACAACUGUACAGGUGCGUGCCCAUAGCUAGCAUUACGUAAUCUCCACAACAACGAAGCGUUCUCACUUCCUGGACACAGGCGUCCUUUUCAAACCGCAUGUCAACAUUAGUUCAACAUGUAAGCUCUUAUUCUGAGUACAGCUAGUUUGAAGUUUGAAACAAUUUUUGUCAUAUCAUCUUCCAUGUUUGAAUUAACAUUUUCGUAAACCGUG